AUGUCCCUGCAAGUGAGUGAGCAAAGGCUUCUUCGGAAGGCGGUGUCUGAUGUUUCUUCGGAAAUCGAAAAGUAUACAGCGUUAGAAUCUGCUACAGUUGAUGAUCAACUGCUGAAGCAAGCAGAAUGCGAAUGCUGUGGACUCAAAGAGGAUUGCACCACGGAUUACAUCACAAGAGUCAGGGGUUGCCAUUGUGGCAUAUGGGUCUGCGGCCUUUGCUCUGAGGUUGUAAAAGAAAGGUUACGUCGAGCUCCGGAGACAGCCAUGCAAGAUGCAGUGAGGUUUCAUAGGGAAUUUUGUCAGAAAUACAAUAGUACUACGAGACUCAACCCCAAGCUCUCAUUGACUUGUGCAAUGAGGGAUAUAGCAAAAAGAAGCAACGAGAAUCGAAGUUCCAAGAACUGGUCAGCUCCCAAGAUUGCUAGGAGCAGUAGCUGUGUCCCAAAGAUCGAUUUCAAACACUAA